CCUGCUCGAGGUAUCUUGCAACUCACAGCCUCACAGCCACAGCCACUAGCUAGCUAGCGCCCCUCCAUUAUCGAGUGUAUCUCACAGUAUCGCUGCCGUACGCUCGUUGUCCCCACUCCUCUUCCCUCGCAUCCGGCGUCUUCGUCUUCAGAUCAGUUCUCUGGCCGGAUACAUCUCCGCCGAGUCUCGAUCCAUUUCAUCGGUGUCUGCGGCGAGUUUGGUUCUGUGUUACCUUGUGCUUGGACUGAGAAACUCAUCAAAAGAGGUUAGGUCUGCACCACCGCCCCGUUGUCGGAGAAGAAGAAGAAACACACGUACGUACUUCAUUCAGGAGAUCGAUAUGGUGAACACGACGGCGGGCGUGAACAAGGCCGCGGCCCAGGAUGGGGGUCUGCGGCUGGCGUCGCUGAACCACAUCUCGGUGGUGUGCCGGUCGCUGGAGAGCUCGCUGGCGUUCUACUGCGACGUGCUCGGCUUCUUCCCCAUUCGCCGACCGGGAUCCUUCGACUUCGACGGCGCAUGGCUGUUCAACUUCGGGAUCGGCGUGCAUCUGCUGCAGGCGGAGGACCCGGAGGGUAUGCCGCCCAUGAAGACAGAGAUCGACCCCAAGGACAACCACAUCUCCUUCACGUGCGAGAGCUUGGAGGUGGUGCAAUGGCAGCUCAAGGAGAUGGGCAUCCGGUAUGUGCAACGCCGGGUGGAGGAGGGUGGUAUCCACGUUGACCAGCUCUUCUUCCAUGACCCUGAUGGUUUCAUGAUUGAGGUCUGCACCUGCGACAACCUCCCCAUCAUCCCACUCGUGCCUGGGCCGCCAUGCAAGAGAGCGGUGCCGGAUCUGCCACCGGCGAAAUCAAGCGGCGGAGGCGGAUGGGUCGUGAUCGAGGCUCUGGACGUCCCGGCUGCUGCUUCCAUGAUGAUGACAUGCCCAGAGCAAGCUUGCAUGCAGGUCUAGCAGCUCGGUGUUUGUUCGUUGAUGUUUUGCGGAAUGUGAUUAUUUAUAUUUUUUUUGUCCAGUACGUGAGAUUUGGGAAGAUAGUUAGAGACAAGAUAUAUUGUAUAAUAUCUGCAUAAACAUAUUGAAUAAGAUAAAAAUAGGUUUUGUUAA